AUGUUUGACACCUGGCUGUUUUAUAUUAUGGCAAAUACUAUUGCCUUAUUACUUUUUACACCUUUCGUUGAAAAAGAUCUUUUAACAUUAACACGACAUCAUCGCAUGGCAAUAUUUCAUCGAAUAUUUUCCUCUCGAAAUAAACUUUUCCAAUUUCUACAUCUUGGAUCAAUAAAAAUGGAUGCAGAUUCAAAAGCAUUAGAUGAAUUAAUUUCAUUAUAUCGUCCUCAUCUGGAUUUAAAUGACGAUUUGACCAAUAAUGACAUUGAACAGUUUCGUUAUCAUUCAAAACAAAUCUUAACUGCUUUAUUUCCAGCAAGAUCAUCAUCUUGUCUUGUUCAACAUCAUACAUUUCAAUAUAAUACUAAUCAAAUAAAUAUGUAUUCUAUACAACAUGAACAAAUAAAUGAUUGGAAAUGUUCUAAUCAAUCAUUAAUUCUUUAUUUUCAUGGUGGUGGAUUUGUUUUUGGUGACAUUGAUACAUAUUCUGGUUUUGAAUGUCAUUUAUCAAAGUCUCUUAAUAUGUUAAUACUUCAUGUUGAUUUUCGUCUUAUACCUGAACAUUCUCUUAAAGAAACUAUUGAAGAUGUUAUUAAUGUUUAUCAAGUUUUACUUGAUGCUGAUCCAAAUAUUAAUCAACGAUUAAUUGGAAUGGGUGAUUCAUCAGGUGGAAUGCUUUGGAUUUAUCUUUUACAAUGGAUUAUAUCAAAUAAUAAACCUGUUCCACAAGGUGUUGUUUUACAUUCUCCAUGGCCUAAUCUUAAUUAUUUCGAUAGCAAUCUUAGAUUCUCUACCGAUAAUUAUUUAUCAUUAAAACUUGCAUAUAAUUUAAGACAAUUAGUAAUUGGGAAAGAUAUUUAUUGGUUUGAAAUGACUGAUGAAGAACUAAGUAAAAUAAAUCCGAAAGAUAAUUCAUUUGAAGAAUUUCCACCAGUUUAUAUAACAGCUGGUACAAAUGAAAUAUCAAUUGAAACCAUUCGUGAUAUGACUGAAAAAAUGCGAUUAUCAGGUGUAAAAGUAAUAUUAGAUGAAGGUGAAGGAUUAAUGCAUACAUAUGCUUUAUUUCAUCUUUGGUCGCCACAAGGUAAAUGUGUCCAAGAGAAAAUUCACCAAUGGAUUCAAGAGCAAUUAUUAAUUGGAAAACAAGCAAAAUCGAACAUAAAUGGAUUUACAACAAACAAAGGACGGCUUUGA